AUGAUGAUAGCAGACGAUAAUGAUUGCAAUUCCAAGAGAGGAUUAAAAUCCAUGAUGCAAGAUAAUGAAUUUAACACACAAUUCAAUACAACGAAUUCCAAUCAAAGUGUUCAAAAGUGGGACAAUUUUCAUGAUUCCUAUGAAAGUUUUCCUAAUCAUGAUGAGGUGUCUGAUUCAUCUAGAAGUAUUGAUAAUAGUGACGAAUCAUCUCUUGAAAUUAAUUAUCACGACGAAAAUGGUGAAGUUCAUAAUAGUGACUUUACUAUCUACAGCGAAAGCUAUAGACACAGAAAAAAAUCUAUCUUCUCAAGUUUAUUUAAAUUACUGAAAGAAAUAGAUGCGGAAUAUGAAAGGGCAAUAGACAAUACACUGAAGAAUAAUGUACCUCAUUAUAUUCAAGGUAUCCUAGUUCCUAAUAUAUCACAGAGAACAAUAAAGGUUAUUAAGAUCCUUACAAUUUUUCUCCCUGCCUUACUACCUGCUUCAGUAAUAUACACCUCAGUCCUAUUAAAUAUGUUUGCAGUGGUUACCGUAAUAGCAACACUUGUUAGUAUACCAUUCCUUCCCUCUCUCGCGUUAUUCCUGUACAUUCUUUACAAAUACAAUAAUUGCAAAUACUUGACUGUAUGA